ACAGAAGCUUGGGAUCUGUAAACUUAAUACCCAGCAGCCAUCGCCAGUAUAUAACCCCACAGCUUCUAUUGCUACUGAAUCGGCAAAGAACGCGAGGAGUUAGAAAUGUGGGCCACUGUUGUUGAAAGGCCGGUAUCAAAUUUAAACCUAAAACCUGGCAGAAUGAUUUUGUAAAGCCGACGUUGAUAUGUGCAAGCAGCAGGCAUGGCGUUUAUCAGAAGAGAAUCCCGGUGCCAUGAACAAAGUUAAAGAAUUCCUUGAUGUCUGUGUGAAGUUUCUUCAUUAGGAAUUAUAUCAGGAAUAACAUUUGGUGCAUGUAUUUUUGAACUCGGUGAACCGCGUGUAUAGAAUUAUGUGAUACUACACUGAAUGUACAUACAUACACCAAUGCAUUUUACAUUUAAUAUAUUAACUAUAGUGUGCUCUCAUAAGGUCGUGUAGUGAUAUAUAAGUAAAGAAAAUAUUUCUUAACACUGGAUAAAGACGGGAAUUAGUGCCGUUUUUAUGGUUAAUAUCAGAAAUAGAUUACCGCGUGGUUGAAACAUCCCCAGUCCAAAAGCAAGGAAUUUGGUUAAUAUAGGAUUGGUUUAUCUUCUACAAUGACUGAAGUAAAACCAAAUAAUAUUCCCCUAGACGACUCCUUUGUAGAGGUCAAACUUAAACUAGACGCCGACCAUUCUCCAGCUGACCAGAGUACAGUGGUGUUAACUCAACCAAGUAGACCAAAGAAAAUUACCCGUGUUACGCUCAAUAUGCCAUUUGAUGACGCUCAUUGUGAAAAAGAAUGGUCGUCUGGUUUAUUUGAUUGUCGAAAAGAUGAAAGACGAAGUUGUUGUUUUCAGUGUUGUUGCUGGUCUUAUCUUCGAUAUACUCUAGCAACCAGAUUAGGGGAAACGCCGUUUAUGGCAAUGAUACCAUGUACAGCAUUUGGUCUACGGGUUAAAGUUCGAUCUUUGUUUAGUUUAAAGGGCACAUUAGUGAAAGAUUUUUUCUCGACCUUAUGUUGUGAACCAUGUGCUAUUUGUCAAAUGAGUCGAGAGUUAGAUGAUAUUGGACUUUGAAUAUGAAAUUUGCAUCAAACAAUUUUUUAUAUCAUAACGAAAGAACAAAGUGGAAAUAUUCUAAUGUACCAACAGCAUGAAGUAGAAGAAUAAAGACUUAAUGUUUCCGUUUAAUGAGAUAAAUUUCCCACAUAAAACCAAUCCUAUAGACAAGACAUGAAUAUUAACAAAUCGGGAAGUAUCUAAAUAUCAAGUAAUUCAUUAUACUCAUAGACAAUAUGAACAACGUGUUUUAUAUAUAAUGUAUAUAGCUUUUUGUAAAUAAAUCACCUACUUUCA